GGUUGCUCUGAUUGACAGCGGCUGCAGGAGGAAGGAGGAUGCGGCCGUGGGUGCCGCUGGUGUACAGUUGCUUCCAGACUCUCCUCCUGCUCCACCAGGCGCUGCUCAAUGCAGGUCUAGGGGUCAACGAAUAUUUAUAUUUCCAAGUGCUGAGCCCUGGAGACAUACGCUACAUCUUUCAGACUAAUUUGGCCAAGGACUUUGGAGGUAUUUUUCACACGAGGUAUGAGCAGAUCUAUCUGGUUCCUGCUGAGCCACCCCAUGCCUGCAGUGAUUUAAACAAUGGCGCCUUCGUUCAGGAUCAGAUUGCCUUGGUGGAGAGAGGGGCCUGCUCAUUCCUGUCAAAGGCUCGCGUUAUCCAGGAGCACGGUGGCAGAGCAGUGAUCAUCUCGGACAACGUGUAUGACAACGACAGCUCCUAUAUUGAGAUGGUGCAGGAUGGUACGACCAGGGACAGCGACAUCCCAGCACUGUUCCUUCUUGGGAAGGAUGGGUACAUGAUCAGGCGAUCUUUGGAGCUGCAUGGUCUCCCGUGGGCUGUCAUCUCCAUCCCAGUCAAUGUGAGUGGGAUCCCAACAUUUCAGCUCAAACAGCCACCAUGGACCCUCUGGUGACAGUAGCCAGCCCCUGGACUCACAGUCAGUCCGUUUGCACUAAUCUCUCUUGAUCAUACUUUGUGAUGUCUUCUCAACUUUAUUUAAUAAAUUAAUCUGCUGUUAACUUUCUACCCCACCCUUUUGUUUCCAUCUUUCCCGUAGUUAUGGACUAGACUGGAAACGUGCUGCCACAUACUUGUCCAUUUUCAUGCCUAUGUUUCGCACUCCUGCAGUAGUCACAGGAUCUUCUCGUACAGUGAUUCCUUCUGGGGACAUCACCAGCCUCUGUCCUGACGCUCAUUUUGCUGCCACAGGGAACCCUGGCUGACUGGCCUAGCAUAAACCCAUGCCAGCUCAGAGGUGUUACAAUUCAUCUGCCUGCCAAGCUUGGUUUUGUGGGGAGGGCUUUGCUGGAAGUUUGAGUGGAACGAGUCAAUCCAUUCAGGGUUGGAAGUCUGCUGUCCCUCCCCAGUCUUUGCUGGCACUCAGAGCCACACCACAGUCGAAGCAUCGCUAGCUUCUGAUUGACAACACUCCACUUGUGUCAAACCAGCAGUGUUUCAAAAUAGCAGCUCACACCCCACCCUUUCCCAACUGUAAAGGACAACAUGACCCGGAGGGUGAAUUAAACGUCUGGAUAAUAAUCCAUUACCAAUUUACCACUCGCCUUAAAGGAAACCCUUCCCACAAGCACAGAGUAAUGUUACCAGACUGAUAAUCCAGUAUGAGUCAAAAAGUGUGGCACUGGAAAAGCACAGUGGCAGCAUCCGAGGAGUAGACGAGUUGACAUUUCGGGCAAAAGCCCUUUGUCAGGAAUGUAAAUACCCUGAGCUAAUUAAUGCUCUCAUGAUAUGGAUUAAAAUCCCACAAGAUCAGAUUGUGAAAUCUAAAUUCAAUAAAAACUUGAGUUCAAGCUCGUCCAGUGGUUAAAUAUCCAUCUGGUAUAAUAAUGCUGCUUAGGGAAAGAAAUCUGCCAUCCAUACCUGGUUUGGCCUACACACGACUCCACUCCCACAGCAAC